AUGCCAUUCGCGUUCCUACCGUUCCCCUACUUGCAUACGUUUGCAUUGCCAAACCAACUUUUGAUCCUGGUAUCCUUGUGCAUAUUAUCCUACCUAUACCGCCCCUUCCGUCUCGCUGUUUUCGGAAUCUUUGGUUCCUACGUGGUCUACAUCGUUGGACGUUUGCUCUUGCGAUGGGGUUUUGUAUCGUUCAAAGCCAUCGCCUGGUUUGGCUUCUAUGUCAACUUCUUUCUUAUUGGUAUUGGAUAUAUCGUCACUGCGGGGACUACACUAUGGAAUCUACCGGAAAUGCUGUCAGGUUUUGUAGAGGGUAUGGAUUCUAAAUAA